CGUAGAUAUAAAUACCCCUUUUUUUCCCUUCUCAAAUUCUUCAUAAAAGCAAAAAAAACACCACACACAAAAAACAACACGGAAUUCCAACAACUUUUUAAAAAGUAACAGGAAAGAAAAGAAGAAAUGUCUUGCACCGUCGCUAUUUCAAACGCACCGGCAUUUACGCCGGUGACGAAUUCCCUCCUCUGUCGAUCAGCUUCAUUUUCAUCUUCUUCGCCUUCUUCCCCUUCUCGUAAACCAUCUGUAAGGUUAACGAGGUUUCCUUCAUUUACCUCUUCUACGUUGUUAUUACCUCAGCCUUCACAAUUGGGAUCUCUUUUGAUUCAGAAACCUUCAUCAGUCCCAACAACAAUUAGCGUUGUUGUAAAUUCUGAUGAGUGUGCUAGUUCUGCCGUGAUUUGUACGUCUCCUACGACGGUUUUGAAGAGGAAGAGACCUGCCAGGUUGGAUAUUCCGGUUGUUGCAACGGACUUUGGGAAUUUUCCGGCUAGUCCAUCGGCUGCGGCAGAUUUUGUGGAGGUUGAGGGUGAUGAGUAUACGGUUUGUUGUAAGCGUGGAAGGAGAGGUGCUAUGGAGGAUCGUUAUUCUGCACUUGUCAAUUUACAAGGAAAUUCCAAACAGGGUAUUUUUGGUGUAUUUGAUGGGCAUGGAGGAACCAAAGCUGCUGAGUUUGCGGCAGAGCACUUGAAUAAGAACAUUGUGGAUGAACUAGUAAGGAGGAACGGCGAAGAUGUCGUGGAGGCAUGCAAAAACGGUUAUUUAAAGACAGAUUCCGAAUUCCUCAGCCAAGAAUUUCAGGGUGGAUCGUGUUGCCUAACAGCAUUGAUCAGGAAUGGUGAACUAGUGGUAUCCAAUGCUGGCGAUUGUCGUGCUGUUGUUAGCAGAGAUGGGAUUGCUGAAGCACUGACCUCAGAUCACAAGCCUUCAAGAAAAGAUGAGAAGGACAGAAUUGAGACUUCGGGUGGCUAUGUAGAUUGUUCUAAUAAUGUUUGGAGAAUCCAGGGAUCACUUGCUGUGUCGAGAGGUAUAGGAGAUCAGUAUCUUAAACAAUGGGUAAUCGCAGAACCUGAGACAACGAUCCUUGAACUUAAACCUGAAUUGGAGUUCUUAGUCCUCGCAUCUGAUGGUUUAUGGGAUAAAGUCAGCAAUCAAGAAGUAGUAGAUACUGCUAGGCCUUUGUGCACAGACAUUAGUGCGCCACAACCAUUGUCAGCCUCUAAAAAGCUUAUCGAUCUUGCUGUUUCAAGAGGUUCUGUUGAUGAUAUGUGUGUGAUGAUAAUUCAACUGCAGCAAUUUUGUUGACUGUCUAGUCGGGCUAAUGUGAUUUGUAUACUAGAUGCCUAAAAACUGUUGAAUAGCUGGAUGGAUUUGUCCUCAACUAACUACCCGGGACAAUGAUGAAUUGAUAAAUUUUACUAGCAAAAAGAUACCGGAUACCUAUGUAUAGCUCUUUUGAAAUUUUACCCUGUAUAGCGAAUUGCUUCUGUGGCUGAAUAUUUUACUGAGAUUCAAACUAAGACGUAGGCGACGAUGAUGGGAAUAUCCACUGUCUGUAUAUGAAUUUCCCAGUUUUUGUUUCUGGUUCAAAAGAAAUUUUCUUGUUUCUCA